GCGGCGCGGGCGGAGCGGCGUGGCCCGAGCGCGGCGUGGGUAGACCCCAGGCGGCGGCUCGGCGGCCCGGCCGGCUCGGGAGUGAGUGAGGGCGCCUUCCCCGCCCGGGAUGUGAGGACCGAGCGGAGCCCGGGGCGGGGGGAGGGAAGGGAAGGGAGGCGAAGCCGGCAGGAAGGAAGGAAGGAAGGACGGACGGACCAGGAGGAGGAGCGGCGGCGGAGGCCGGAGCCGGAAGGCGGGGAGGGGCCGUCCGUUGGGCCCCAGGCAGCGGCGGCGGCGGCGGUCGGGGCGAACCGCUCUCGUCGCCUCCUCCCCCCGGCUCCGCGGAGGGGGGAGGAGGAAGAUGGAGACCCACAUCUCGUGCUUGUUCCCCGAGCUGCUGGCCAUGAUCUUUGGCUACCUGGACGUCCGGGACAAGGGGCGCGCGGCGCAGGUGUGCACGGCCUGGCGGGACGCCGCCUACCACAAGUCGGUGUGGCGGGGGGUGGAGGCCAAGCUGCACCUGCGCCGGGCCAACCCGUCGCUGUUCCCCAGCCUGCAGGCCCGGGGCAUCCGCCGGGUGCAGAUCCUGAGCCUCCGCCGCAGCCUCAGCUACGUGAUCCAGGGCAUGGCCAACAUCGAGAGCCUCAACCUGAGUGGCUGCUACAACCUCACCGACAACGGACUGGGCCACGCGUUUGUGCAGGAGAUCAGCUCCUUGCGCGCCCUGAACCUGAGCCUCUGCAAGCAGAUCACCGACAGCAGCCUGGGCCGCAUAGCCCAGUACCUCAAGGGCCUGGAGGUGCUGGAGCUGGGGGGCUGCAGCAACAUCACCAACACCGGCCUGCUGCUCAUCGCCUGGGGCCUGCAGCGCCUCAAGAGCCUUAAUCUUCGCAGCUGCCGCCACCUCUCGGAUGUGGGCAUCGGGCACCUGGCCGGCAUGACGCGCAGCGCGGCGGAGGGCUGCCUGGGCCUGGAGCAGCUCACGCUGCAGGACUGCCAGAAGCUCACCGAUCUUUCUCUCAAGCACAUCUCCCGGGGUCUGACGGGCCUGAGGCUCCUCAACCUCAGCUUCUGCGGAGGAAUCUCCGACGCAGGCCUCCUGCACCUGUCGCACAUGGGCAGCCUUCGCAGCCUUAACCUGCGCUCCUGCGACAACAUCAGUGACACGGGCAUCAUGCAUCUGGCCAUGGGCAGCCUGCGCCUCUCGGGACUGGAUGUGUCGUUCUGUGACAAGGUGGGGGACCAGAGUCUGGCUUACAUAGCCCAGGGGCUGGACGGCCUCAAGUCUCUCUCCCUCUGCUCCUGCCAUAUCAGUGACGAUGGCAUCAACCGCAUGGUGCGGCAGAUGCACGGGCUGCGCACGCUCAACAUAGGGCAGUGUGUGCGCAUCACCGACAAGGGCCUGGAGCUGAUUGCUGAGCACCUGAGCCAGCUCACUGGCAUAGACCUGUAUGGCUGUACCCGAAUCACCAAGCGCGGCCUGGAGCGCAUCACACAGCUGCCCUGCCUCAAGGUACUCAACCUGGGACUCUGGCAGAUGACGGACAGUGAGAAGAAUCCUCCACAGCAACAUUCGAGACCAUGGAGUUAAAAGAAACCCAGAGACCUUUAUCAAUUAAUUGUACUGUUUGUGAAUUUGUAUAAAUAACAAAGAUCCUCUUAAAACGUUUAUAUUCUUACAGUAAAAGGUUAAACUGAUAUUUAUAUAAUAAAAGAGGAAAUAUGAAGUAUGUUUUUGAAAAAAAAAAAAACACCAAAAAAAAAACCCUUGUAUCUGUGAAUUAUUUUGAAGGCAGUGUGUUUGGGUACAUGCCAAAGUCAGAGGUGCUGUUUGUGUGCUUUCAAGUAAAAGGAAAUAAGACAUAGACUUCGGUGCGUCCUAUGUGCUAUGAGUAAGCUCAUGGUUAAAAAUGUAUUCUGUAUAAGGUUUACUACUGACAUCUAAAUGUUUUGUUUCUAGAAAUAUGGUGAGAUUGGAGAUUUAUAUAAUUUGGUUUUCAACUGUCAACAAAAUGGAAAUUUACAGAAACUGAACAAAUGAAACUUUUUUAAAAACCAGAUUUGUAAGAGUCACAGUUUCCUCAGAGUAGCCAAUUUUUCUUUGGGUGGAAAUUACAUCUAGGGGUAAUGUUCAAAAAACAGGUCGUAAGAUAUGGAA